AAAUAUAAUAAUAAUAAUAAUAAUAAUAAUAAAAUAUUGGAUUCCGAUGACGACAUGUCUUAUGUCAUGUUUAUUAUUGUGUCAAAAUUACAAGUGACUAAAAACUUCAAUUGUUAUUGGAAUCAACACACCUGUAAUUUGUUUUACAUCAAUCAGUAAUCAACAAUCUUGAUUAAUAAUUAAAGAAAUUAUAAUUAUAUUUAUUUAAUCAUGGAAAAUAAUGUUGAUGAAGCCAAAAAAACAAUAAUUAAAGCAGUGACAUUUGAUAAUGAAGGUGAAUAUCGUAAAGCACUAAGUCAUUAUGAUGUUGCUAUCAGACUUUUGGCAAAAAUAUCAACACCAUCAAUGUCAGCUAUUUAUUUAAAAAAAAUUGAAGAGUGUAAAUCAAGAAUUUUAUUUAUAAAAAAAAUGAAAGAUAAAGAUUCCAAGUCAAUUUCCCAUGUUGACUAUGAAUUGCAAACAGUUAAAUUAUUAAUAAAAGAAGCUCAAGAUGCUGAUGUUGAUGGAUUGAAAAAUACAGCAAUAAUGCUCUAUGGAGAUGCUGUUCAAGUUGCAUUAAAUAUUAAAAACAUAACGACUGAUCCAGAGAAAAAAGAACAAAUAAAAUUACUUUGUAAACAUGCAAUAACAAGAGCUGAAGCGUUAAAAGGUAUUGAUGCUUAUGAUACAAUGAAAUUAUUAGAUAAUUUGCCAACAGUACCAGAAACAAUUUUAGAAUCACCUACAAAUAUUACACCAACAAUAUCCUCAUCUACAACAUCAUCAACAUCAUCAUCAUCAUCUUCAUCAUCAUCGUCUUCAUCAAGAGGAAAAUUACAUCGUGGAAGUAGUGCUCAUUUAAAAGUAACUGGAAGUAGUGAUAGUUAUACUGAUGAAGAAAAAAAAGUUCUUCUAAAUACAUCACAUAUAAAUGAUAAUGAAUUUGUUCCAUUUAUGAGUGUUGAUUUGGCUGAAAAUUUUCGUUUUACAAUACCAUUUGAGGAUAAAGAUGGUCUACUUAAACUAGCACCAAAGCAAAAACAUGAUUUAGCUAGAUGGGAUAGACCAUCAAAUUUAUUUGAUAAUCCUAGAUUACUAAUUGGUCAUCAUGUUGAUUAUUUUAGUAUAAAACAAACUGUUGUAUCAGAUUGUUCAUUUGUUGCUUCACUUGCUGUAUCAGCACAGUAUGAAAAAAAAUUUGGCUAUCGUUUAAUAACAUCAAUUAUUUAUCCACAAAAUCGUGAAACCAAGGAGCCAAUCUUUAAUCCAUACGGAAAAUAUAUGAUUAAAUUGCAUAUAAAUGGUAUACCAAGAAAAGUAAUAAUCGAUGAUCGUCUUCCAGUUGGUCGUGAUAAUCAACUACUUUGUUCAUAUUCAAGUAAUCGUGGUGAAUUAUGGAUAUCAUUACUUGAAAAAGCAUACAUGAAAGUUAUGGGUGGAUAUGAUUUUCCUGGUUCAAAUUCUAAUAUUGAUCUGCAUGCAUUAACUGGUUGGAUACCAGAACGUUUUGCAAUACGUCAAAAUGAUCCUGAUUUUAAUAAAAAUGGUUUAUUUAAUAUACUACAUCAACAUUUACAUGAUGGUAAUGUACUUGUAACAGUUGCAACUGGUGAAUUAUCUGAUAAUAAAACUGAAAUAAGUGGUCUUGUAUCAACACAUGCAUAUGCUGUAUUAGAUGUUAAAUUAAUUAAUAAUAAAAUUAAACUAUUACAACUGAAAAAUCCAUGGUCACAUUUGAGAUGGCGUGGUAAUUAUUCAGAGCAUGAUACACAUCAUUGGACAGAUGAAUUAAAAAAAUUACUUAAUUAUGAUCCAGAUUCAGCAUCACAAUAUGAUAAUGGAAUUUUUUGGAUUGAUUAUGAUAGUAUAUGUCAUUUUUUUGAUGUAUUUUAUUUAAAUUGGAAUCCAAAAUUAUUUAAAUAUACAAAUUGUAUACAUCAAAUGUGGAAUGGUGGUAUGGGUCCAAUUAAAGAUGCCUAUAAUAUCGGUGAUAAUCCUCAAUUUUUAUUAGAAAUACAAAACGGUGUAUCAGGUGCUGUUUGGAUACUUUUAACACGACAUAUUACUGAAAUUGAAGAUUUUCGACAAAAUCAAGAAUACAUAACAGUAUUAAUAUAUAAAAAUGCUGGUAAAAGAGUUUAUUAUCCACAUGAUCCACCACCAUAUAUUGAUGGUGUUAGAAUAAAUAGUCCUCAUUAUUUGACUAAAAUUAAAUUUGAUUCAAAUAAUGAAACACGAUAUACAUUGGUUAUUUCACAGUAUGAAAAAAUGAAUACAAUUUAUUAUACAUUGAGAGCUUACUCAACAUGUCCAUUUACACUUAGAAAAAUUGCUGAUCCUUAUACUUAUGUAAAAGAGAUAACUGAUGGACGAUGGACACGUGAAACUGCUGGAGGUUGUGGAAAUCAUCCACUUACUUAUCCAAAUAAUCCACGUUAUCAACUUGUUAUUGAUAGUAUUAAUAAUAAUAAUAAACUUUUAAUUAUUUUAAAAGGACCAAAACAAUAUCAAAUUGGAUUUGAAAUAAUCACAACUUUAUUAAAUGAUCCGGAAGCACCAACAGCAUUUCAAACAUCAAGUUCUGGCUCUUUUAGGUCGGGAUUCGUUUAUUUAGAGCUUGACGAUGUACCUGGUGGCACUUAUCAAAUCGUACCUGCAACAUUUUUACCUGGUCAAGAAGGACCAUUUUUUCUCACUAUCAAAGCUUCAUGUAGUAUAAAUUUAACUAGAAUCAAAUGAAUUAGAACAUAAAUUAAAAUUUUAAUACGCACUAUGGCUGUGAUUUUUAAAAUCAAUAGUCGUUAAUUGUUAUGUAAUAUUUGAAAAAAAAAAAGUUAAGGUAUUUUUAGAUUUUUAUUAUCAAUUAAAAAAUUUUGAAUUAUGUAACAAAUGAUUAUUGAUAAAUUUUAUAUUAUAUAUUUUAACUUAUUCUGUUCUUUUGAAAAGUGAAAAGUAGAAAAAAAAAACAUAAUCAAUUUAAAUGAAUUCUGAGUCAUAAAAAUACAGUUUUAUUCAAUUUAUAAAUCAUUUAUUGAUAUAAUUAAAAGCAAUAAUUAUCAAUUUUUAUAUUUUUUUCCAUUAUCGUAUAUAUAAAAAAUAAAAAUUAUUAUUAUUAACUAUUUUUGACAAUAAAAAUAUUUUCAAGAAUUUCUUCAAAUAUACA